AGUGGGAGAUCGUGCUGAUUGUUCUCAGCUAUUAUUUCGUUCAUCCAAACUUAAUGAACAAAAAGCCAAUUUAUUGAAAUCAUCCGGUUACUGUAAUAGACUGCAACAGUUAAAUGAAGAUCCAAGUAUACAAAAAUAUUUUUCUGAAACAUUGAAUAAUACUUCACGAGAUCCUAUUCAAGAUCAAGAAGAAGAAAGAUGGGAAGAUGGAGAUGAUUUUUUUGAUGAAAAACAAACUUUUUUACGUCCGCGAUCAAUGCAUCUCGAACAUAAGGAAAAGAAAUUUCAUGUCAAAUUUUUGAAAGACUACGAUGCGCAUGACCCAGUCUAUCGCGCAGCUGAUCGUCAACGUCCACAUCUCACCGAACGAUUGACACAAAAAAACCUUGAAACAUUGUUUCCUGUAGAUAAUUCUCUUCUUCCAAGUCAAUCUGUUCAAUCGACUGGACAACGCGAAACUUUUCCACCAUUGACCGUCGCGGCAUUGAAAGAGUAUCGUCCAUCAUUUUCGCCUAAGUCAACAGCUCGCCAAGCAAAAUCUUUGGGCACGAAUGCACUACAUCAACGGAAAGCCAUGCGCAAAGCAGAUUUUAUUUGGAAUCAAUCAGUUGUAACAUCAAGAAAACUGAAAUGA